AUGCUCUAUCCCUACAAGUCCGACGAUGUUCAGCAAUGUCUCUCCAAACGAUCUCUCAUAUUUCUCGGAGACUCCACGGCGAGGGACUUGUUCUGGGCAAUAUCAUACAAGUUGGACCUCUCACGCGCUCUGGACAUUCACUCGAAGUCCGGAAAGCACCAAAACGUAAUAUUUUCCUCUGAGCAGGCUGAGGUGAAGUUUAUCUGGGAUCCGUUUCUCAACGCAACUAGUGCAGUCGACCAGCAUGUAUUUCCAGACUCUCCAAACGGUGGAGAGGUCUCAAAGCUAUUCGUGGUCGGUGCUGGCUUGUGGCAUAUCAAACACCUGGGGCCAAGGCAUCAAAGCGUGUCACGUCACUUCUUGCAAACUCGCCCAGAUUCUCGCCUCGGACCUUUCAAUGCCAUUUUGCUCCCCAUAUCGGUAUCCCAGUCAAAAAGAUUGGCGAUCAACCCAUCAGGGCCAUUUGACUCGGAGAGAGCUGGGCAUUGGAAUAUCCUGUCCACCGAGAUCUCGUCCUCCAAAAACGCUAGCAUGGAUUUUGGUAUUUUUCGGAGCUAUCUCGAGAUGAUUGAUGGAGCAAUCAACGCCUUUGAACAAGACGGGAUUCACAUCAGCCACACUAUUACUCCUGUUAUCGCUGACGUUUUGCUUAAUUCCAUAUGCAACCCUUCGGGCCAUAUCCCAGAAGAUCAAUACACAGCAUACUGCUGCGUCUCAAGCAACCGUCCCAACGUAGCCCAGAAGCUUUUUCUACUUCUAGGCCUCACCUUUGUCAUCUGUCAUCUCUUGAGACAUCUCAAGCACAGAAGGUGCAGACACUGCUCGUCAGACGGAAGCCCAGACCGCGACAGACGUCCUUGCGUUGCAGAAUCUGUGACUAGUAUUAUGAUUGCACUCAAUUACUGUUUUGUGGCAGACCGAAGCGUCAUCUUCGAGAAGUCAUCCAAGUUGGUAGACCCAACCUCCUUUAGUGUGCUCUCAAUUUUUACCUUACUCCUCGGUCUGAUCCCAUCGACCAGUGUGGCAUCUCCCACCAGGACCAUCACAGACAUCACAAGCUCGCACCUCCGAUAUCCACAGUCGUUGUCCAGGUCCCAAACUGAAGAGUGGAAAGGAUGGAUGCAGAUCGUUAUUCUGCUUUACCACUACUUUGGCAUGUCCAAAGUCCUUUGGGCGUACCAACUGGCACGUGUUCUAGUAGCUUCCUACCUCUUCAUGACAGGAUAUGGUCAUACAAUGUAUUUCCUUCGAACUGGCGAUUUCUCCAGUCGAAGAAUAGCUAUCGUUCUUUUCAGAACUAAUAUCUUGAGCAUCGCGCUCGCAUUUAUGAUGGGCACUCAAUUCGAUCUAUACUACUUUCCAAUGCUCUCUAGCUUAUGGUUCCUGAUCAUCUAUAUCACCAUGGUUCCAUUUUCGAAAUCUAGGCUCACCACACAUGAGCUGAUCUUUCGAAUCGUCCUAUCAGCACUCACGAUCAGAGUUUUGGUCGAAUCAAGCAGCACGCUUGAGUCUCUAUUCAAAACUGUCGCGAAUCUACGCAUUGGCUUGAUGAUAAUUGACGGAAAGGAGUUCAUGUUCAGAUUCCAGCUUGAUGCAUAUGUUGUUUAUGUUGGAAUGCUCGCUGGUACUUAUUGUUCACGAGAUUCUGCUAACGAUGAUAUCUCAACUGUGAUACCUUCCAGAACUAGCGUUGACUUCGUGAAACGCCGCCGAUGGCUCCGACGUCCAGUCGUACCUGGCGCUCUUUGCCUGGUUGUUGCAUAUAUCUGCUUUUGUGGCAGCUUUGAAGACAAGUAUGAUUACAACCGUUGGCAUCCUAUCACCUCUCCCUUCGUUGUGGUGGCAUUUGCCAUCAUCAGGAACUCGACAGAAAGGCUAUCUAGAUCAUGGAGUCGUUUGUUUGCGUGGCUUGGUCGAUGCUCCUUGGAGACUUUCGUCUUGCAAUACCAUAUAUGGUUAGCCUCCAAUUCUCACGGCCUGCUUCGCUUUCGAAGGUUCGAUGUCUUGCUAAGGUCUGCGGGGAUUAACGUGAUCUGGACGGAUAUAAUCGAGUUUACGAUCCUGUCAGCACUAUUCCUCUAUAUCAGCUCGAAUGUGUCAUCUGCUUUGCCCAUCCUCACGGCAAAGUUCAUCAACGAACAAAGAGGUCCCAUUAGAGCUUUCAAAUCCAAGAUUGAUACGACAAAACCUCCCUGCAACACGAUUGAUUCGAAGACGCUAUUCGUAGAUUUCCGCACAAAGCUUGCCCUUGUCGCCCUACUACUUUGGGGGUUGAACAUUUGUUGGCUUUACUUGGAAUAG